UUCUCUAUCUCCAAUGGCAACAGAAACCGUAACGAACCAUGCCGAGACCGAGACAGAGCCAACUGAGUUCAAGAAGAAUCAGAAACGGUACCAAGACUUGAUCUCCACGUUUCCUCACGUGGAAGGCUGGAGGCCAAAAGAGCCCCUGAUUGAGUACGGUGGUCACUGGUGGACACAAAAUCUCCUUGAAGGUUCUCUUUACACACGAGAGUUCUACCAAGCUCGACCUGGCGACUUUUUCGUCUGUAGCUACCCAAAGACAGGUACCACUUGGCUUAAAUCACUAACAUUCGCAAUAGCUAACCGGUCUCGCUUCGAAGACGAUUCCACAAACCCUAUCCUCAAAAGUAUCUCUCAUGAGCUCGUUCCUUUCCUCGAGAUUAAGUUCUCUUUUUACCCUCACAUUGGUGUUAUCAAAGAUAAAGGGAACACUCUUUUUGCAACCCAUUUGCCACAUGAGUUAUUACCCGAGUCGGUUGUGAAGUCGGGUUGUAAGAUGGUCUACAUCUGGAGAGACCCAAAGGAUACUUUCAUCUCCUUGUGGCAUUUCAUCCAGAAGAGAAGGUUCUUAGAAAGUAAGGGGGUUAUCAAGAGUAUUGAGGAGUGUUUUGAUAUGUUCUGUAAAGGUUUAUCUGUGUACGGUUCUUAUCUUGAUCACGUCUUGGGAUAUUGGAAAGCUCACCAAGAGAAUCCAGAUCAGAUUUUGUUCCUUAAGUACGAGACUUUGACUGCUGAUCCUUUGCCUCAUGUGAAGAGAUUAGCUGAGUUCAUGGGUUAUGGAUUCACAGCUGAGGAAGAGAAGAAUGGGGUUGUUGAGAAAGUUGUGAACCUUUGCAGCUUCGAGACGUUGAAGAAUCUUGAAGUUAACAAAGGAGAUGGUAAAGAGAGAGAAAAUCAUCCUUCUCCUUUUCCAAAUAGCGCGUAUUACAGGAAAGGAAAGACCGGAGAUUGGGGAAAUUAUCUGACUCCAGACAUGGCAGCUCGUGUGGAUGGGUUAAUGCAAGAGAAAUUCAAGGGUACUGGUUUGCUUGAAAAUGGUAAAUGCCUUGUUUAAAGAGCAUAUGUUUGCUUCUUUCGUCGCUUUGAUCUUAUAUGUACUCUACGUUAUAUUUUGGAUGAAUAAAACAUGUUUCUGUUUCAUGAAGACAGUCACAUCUGUCUGAAUAUCAGUCCAGAGUUUUUAAUAAAGCACAGCACCUGAGCUUGGUAGGUUUUGGCUUGCGUCUGU